UUCUAUGCGUCUCCAAGUGCGCACGACCCGUCUGCAGCAGCGCUCUGCAGACCGCCUGCCAGGCAUCUGGAUACUCUGCGUUCAUUUCUGGAAGCGCUGCUUUCCGCUCAGUCACCCACCAACAGGUGGAUUAAGUCGACCGGGCACGCACAUCGCUGGAAAUUAACCCCGGGGGGUAAACUGGAGGUGUUGCAGAACCAGGUGUAUUCCAUCGUGGAAACUCGUCGCUCUUUUUUCAUGUCCGGGAUUUUUUUUUUUCUUCCUUCUUCUUGUUUUGCGCGGUGAACUGAAUGCGGUGUUUUGACUCGCGUUUAGAUCGAAGGGGAAUUAAAAUGCACCGGAUCAGGACGUAUUCAGAAGUGCGGCGAAGUGUCCAAAAAACAAGAGUGGAGGAUGCAGACUGAAGCUGAUAAACAGGAUAAGACGAACUGGCGCCUGAAGGCGCUAAGAUACCAACAAGGAGGCGCUUCUUAUAAACCCACAGCUGCACAUCUGCUCUAAAUUCAAGAAGUUAAUGUGAACAUUUUUAUGCUAUUCUCCAAGGGAAAAACCUCGAUCUUCAUAUUUGAAGUCCCAAUGCUCAAGGACCCACAGUGUGAACUCCCUCAGCCUAGCAACAGCUGUAGCAGUGUUAGCAGGGUGUUGGUAAGCUGAAGCCUAGGGAGAUGUCACAGCUGUAUUACCGGAGGACUGACAGCUCUUCAUAUCGGGACCGCAUCCCGUUGCGAAUAGUGCGGUCUGAGUCGGAGCUGUCGCCCUUAGAAAAAGCCUACCUUGGAGCUGUGGAGAAGGGGGACUACGCCAGUGUCAAACAAGCCCUGGAGGAGGCAGAGAUCUACUUCAAGAUCAACAUCAACUGCAUUGACCCCCUCGGCCGCACAGCUCUGCUCAUUGCCAUUGAGAAUGAGAAUCUGGAAAUCAUCGAGCUCUUGCUGAGCUUCAAUGUCUACGUUGGUGAUGCCCUGCUUCACGCUAUCCGUAAGGAAGUGGUAGGAGCCGUGGAGCUACUGCUAAAUCAUAAGAAACCCAGUGGGGGCAUGCAGGUCCCCCCUAUCUUAUUGGACAAGCAGUUUUCUGACUUCACCCCUGACAUCACUCCCAUCAUCCUUGCUGCACACACCAAUAACUAUGAAAUCAUCAAGCUUCUGGUGCAGAAAGGUGUCUCUAUGCCACAGCCGCAUGAGGUGCGCUGCAACUGUGUGGAGUGUGUGUCUAGCUCAGACGUGGACAGCCUGCGGCACUCUCGGUCUCGCCUCAACAUCUACAAAGCGCUGUCGAGUCCCUCUCUAAUUGCGCUCUCCAGCGAAGAUCCCUUCCUCACCGCAUUCAGGCUCAGCUGGGAGCUGCAGGAGCUCAGUAAGGUUGAGAAUGAGUUCAAAUCUGAGUAUGAGGAGCUAUCGAAGCAGUGUAAACAGUUUGCUAAAGACCUCCUGGACCAGACGAGGAGCUCCAGAGAGCUGGAAAUGAUCCUUAACUACCGGGACAAUGCCAACUUACUGGAAGAGGAGGGCAACAACGACCUGGCAAGACUCAAACUAGCAAUCAAGUACCACCAAAAGGAGUUUGUGGCUCAGCCGAACUGUCAGCAGCUCCUUGCCUCCAGGUGGUACGACGAGUUUCCUGGGUGGAGGCGGCGCCCAUGGGCAGGAAAAUUCAUCACCUGCGUCUUUAUUGGCUUCCUCUACCCUGUUUUUGCCCUCUGUUACCUCAUCGCUCCCAAGAGUCGCUACGGCCUCUUCAUCCGCAAGCCCUUCAUCAAGUUUAUCUGCCACACUGCGUCGUACCUGACCUUUCUGUUCCUACUAUUGCUCGCCUCCCAGCACAUUGUAACCACAGAACAAGACAGGCAGGACCGACAGGGCCCUCCACCGACCACUGUGGAGUGGAUGAUAUUACCAUGGGUUCUGGGAUUUAUUUGGGCAGAGAUCAAGCAAAUGUGGGACGGUGGUUUCCAGGACUAUGUUCAUGACUGGUGGAACCUGAUGGACUUUGUCAUGAACUCUCUUUACCUGGCCACUAUAUCCCUCAAGAUUGUGGCCUACACCAAGUACAGUGGAACUAAACCCAGGAACCAGUGGGAAAUGUGGCACCCCACAUUAGUAGCUGAGGCAGUGUUUGCCAUAGCGAACAUAUUCAGUUCCCUGCGGCUCAUCUCUCUCUUCACCGCCAAUUCCCAUCUUGGGCCUCUGCAGAUCUCGCUCGGGCGAAUGCUGCUGGAUAUUCUGAAGUUCCUUUUUAUUUACUGUCUGGUUCUGCUGGCCUUCGCUAAUGGGCUCAACCAGCUAUACUUUUACUAUGAGACGAAAGCUUCAGAAGAGAAGGGAAAAUGCAAGGGGAUCCGCUGUGUAGAGCAGAAUAACGCUUUCUCCACGUUAUUUGAAACCCUGCAGUCCCUUUUCUGGUCAAUCUUCGGACUGAUCAGCCUCUACGUGACCAACGUGGAUCCGGACCACCAGUUCACCGAAUUUGUUGGCGCCACCAUGUUCGGCACGUACAACAUCAUUUCCCUGGUGGUGCUCCUCAACAUGCUCAUAGCCAUGAUGAAUAACUCCUACCAGCACAUUGCUGACCAUGCAGACAUCGAGUGGAAGUUUGCAAGAACAAAGUUGUGGAUGAGUUACUUUGAGGAGGGGGCCACUGUUCCAGCCCCUUUCAACAUUAUCCCGAGUCCCAAAACAUUCUGGUACCUCAUGUGUUGGAUCAAGAGACAAGUGUGUAGGAGGACACUGUCUAAGAGAACUGAAAGCUUUGGAACUCUUGGGAGACGAGCAGCAGAGAAUGUGAGGAUAAAUCAUCAAUAUCAGGAGGUGUUAAGGAACCUGGUAAAACGUUAUGUGGCUGCGAUGAUCAGAGAUGCUAAGACAGAGGAAGGCCUGACUGAGGACAACUUCAAGGAACUGAAGCAAGAUAUUUCCAGCUUCCGUUAUGAGGUGAUGGGCAUGAUGAAGUCGGGAAAGCCAGCUCUACAAGGCGCAAUUGCGAGUUGCAGUUCUGUGGAAUCCAGUCUUGCCUAUCCUAAUUCCUCGCUCAAGAUUUCCACCGGCCUUCCACCCAGCCAGGCGAAGAGCAAGCUCAACCGAUUCAAGAUUACCGCAUCCAUCCUCAAACAGGCCAGUUCUCUAGCUGCGUCCCGGCCCUCUGACGCAUCCAACGGUCUUCCUAACGGACUCUUGGCCCCAGAUGAGGGCUGCAGCGAUCCUUCGAGCCAGUGGAGAAGCUGCCCCAAAGAUGUGAAGGAUUUAAGUUUGUUCCAGAAACGCCACUGGAGUGACAAGGAAGUCCCAUUAGGGUCAGGCGAGGUUUUGAGAGAGAUGUACUCUCUGUCAGAGGAAGCGGGGGAGUCAGGGGGCUCAGACACAGAAGAGUCGAGCAAAGAGGUUACGGCCGAGGCUAAGGCUGAAGAAGAACUACUAGUGAAUAAAUUGGUAAAUAAAAGAGAGUUCAACGUUAACAGCAGCCCUGAAUGUGAGGAUAAACAAACUGAAGAAGAGGCAAAAAAUCCAGAGUCCCCAAGAAAGGAAGGAUGAGACAUGAGGAUACUUACAGUGCCUCGCAAAAGCAUUCAUAUCUCAUAAAUUCGUUCAUGUUACAGUCACAAACCUGUGUAUUUUAUAUGAGAAACCAACACAUACCACAUAAUUAUGACGUGUGGCAUGCAUUUAUAUUUACGCCUCUUUUCUCUAAUACCCCUAAGUAAAAUCCACCAGUGCAACCAGUGGCCUUCAGAAGUCACCGAUAUGUUACGUUACAGAGGCCAUGUCUGUCUCAUUAGCUCUCUGAAUCAAUCCAGCGGUUCUGUGGAGGCAGUUCACCUAAACUAGCAGGGCUGGCAAGGAGAGCAUUAGUCAGGUUGGUAGCCAAGAGGAGCUGCAGAGAUUCACAGCUCAUUUGGGAACAUCGGUGGACAGGCCAACUAUUUUCGUGACACUUCACAAAUCUGACCUCUAUAGACCAGUUCACGCGUGACGUCAGCGCUACAUCCGGGUCCCGCGGGUAGGCAAAAAACAGUACUGUU